CAGCUCUAAGCAUAGAAACAACCAGUACGCUUUCUACAAUAUGCGGGGAAAGCAUGUAGAUGAUGUAGUAUAUGUUAUGCUGUAACCCCAGUAUUUGUCCCUCUAUUGCCGUAGCAUCACUUGACUAACAGAGAGUAAAAAAUGGCUGCAGUACAGCUAGAAUCGAUUUCGUUUGAACACCAUCCGACGGGUUUCGGUAUUGGCCAUCGGAAGCCUAGAAUUUCGUGGAGAUUCUCCAGCGAUAAUACCAUAAAAAGCUGGAAGCAAGAAUCCUACACUAUCCAGGUCGGUCGACAGAACAACCAAGACCCAGAAGUCUACAAUGUCCAGAGUAAGGACUCUGUUCUAGUACCAUGGCCUAGCAAAGCACUUGAAUCAAGGGAAUCAGCUUGGGUCAAAAUCCAAGCUUAUGGCAAGGGCAUUGAUGCGUCCGGCAAUAGCGUUUCCCAUAGCACGGACUUGUCCAAGGCAGCGACAGUUGAAGCUGCAUUGUUCGAGAAAGGAGAUUGGACAGCGCGCAUGACCGCAGCAGCCACAAAAGCAGACGCGAAAGCACCAAAGCGUCCUAUUCUCUUCCGAAAGGCCUUCUCUAUGGCUCAAACCGGUAGCCAAAUCGGCAAAGCCCGAUUAUACAUCACUGCACAUGGCGUCUACAAGGCAUACUUGAACGGCACACGUAUCGGCUCGGACGAGAUGGCUCCAGGAUGGACUAGUUACAACCAUCGCCUGUUGUACCAGUCUUUUGACGUUACCGAAGCCCUUCGAACGGAUGGUUCCAAUAUCAUGGGCGUGGAAGUCGCCGAAGGCUGGUUCGCCGGCCGACUAGGAUGGGAGCAUCGGCGCUGCUGCUAUGGAGAAAGGCUAGCAUUUUUGGCCCAGCUGGAAGUUCUGUUUGAUAAUGGGAGUACGUUUACGUUGUGCUCAGAUGGGACCUGGAAGUGUUCUCCAAGUCCCAUCACACGAAGCGAAAUCUAUGAUGGGGAGGAUUACGAUUCUCGCCAAGAACAAGUCUGUUGGAUGACAGACGCCGGAUUUAAUGAAGAUGAUUGGAAACCAACAGAAGAGAUAGAAUUCCCGUCAGCGUUGCUCAUUCCUGCAGAUUCUCCGUCGGUCCGAGUCCUCGAAGAAAUAAAGCCAGUCAAGAUUUUCAAGUCACGAUCUGGCAAGGCCUUGGUGGACUUUGGCCAGAAUCUUGUUGGAAAGCUGCAAAUUCGUCUCCCAAACCCAGGAGCAAAACCAGGUCACAUGUUGACAUUUAGUCAUGCCGAAGUGCUCGAACAGGACGAACUGGGCAUCAGGCCGCUACGAGACGCUAAGCCAGUGGACAGUGUCAUUCUCUCAAAGUCUCAACCAGAGAUCUGGUCUCCCAAGUUUACUUUUCACGGCUUCCGCUACGUCCAAGUUGAUGGGUGGCCCACAGAAGACAGUAUGCCCUCAAUAUCUGACAUUACAGCACUUGUUAUGCACAGUGAUAUGGGGCGGACUGGAUGGUUCUCGUGCUCCGAACCAAUGGUAAAUCAACUCCACGAGAAUGUGAUUUGGAGCUUAAAGGGAAACUUCUUUUCUAUCCCAACCGACUGUCCACAGCGAGAUGAGCGACUCGGGUGGACCGGCGAUAUACAAGUCUUUACCCCAUCUGCUAGUUUUUUAUAUAAUGUCAACAGCUUUCUGGGUAGCUGGCUAGACGAUGUCUCGGAUGAGCAGCUAGAGGAAAAGGCAAACGGUGUCCCUGGCCUCGUUGUGCCAAAUAUCUUUGAUAAGCCUAACCCACCUGGUCCCCAGUGUGUUUGGCAUGAUGUCACAGUCCUUACGCCAUGGGAUUUGUAUACUUCUUCCGGAGACGCUGGAUUACUCCGCAGACAAUAUCCAAGUAUGAAGGCCUGGGUUAAUAGAGGUAUCCCGCGGGGUGAGAACGGUCUCUGGGACCAAAACAUCUGGCAGUAUGGUGACUGGCUAGAUCCUUCUGCUCCACCAGAUCAGCCUGGCAAGGGCAGUACUGAUAGCCACUUAAUUGCAGACGCAUACUUGGUGCAUGUCUUGGAGACAAUUUCAAAGGUUUGUUCUGUGCUAGGUGAGGCCGAAGAUGCCAAUCGUUAUUCGGAAGACGCGAGAAGGACCAGGAAGAUGUUCCAAGACGAGUAUACAACCUCUUCCGGACUUAUUGUCGGCGAUACUGCAACGGCGUAUUCGCUAGCAAUAGUGUUUGGGCUUCUUGAUGGAGAGCAGCGUAUCAAAAAGGCGGGAAACCGACUUAGCCACUUAGCAUAUGCGACAGACUACCGCAUUUCGACCGGCUUUGUGGGAACGCCUCUCAUCACACACGCCCUCUCGGCAUCUAGAAACCACCAAGUGGCAUAUCGCAUGCUCCUGGAAAAGUCAUGCCCGUCGUGGCUAUAUCCUAUAACGAUGGGGGCCACCACAGUGUGGGAGCGAUGGGAUAGCAUGCUUCCCGAUGGAUCUAUCAAUCCUGGUUCCAUGACGAGCUUUAACCACUAUGCUCUGGGAUCUGUGGUUAACUGGAUGCACAAGACUGUUGGUGGAAUAAGUCCACUAGAUCCUGGCUGGAAGCGAAUUUUGGUCCAGCCCGUCCCCGGAGGAACGCUGAAAAAUGCAGAGGUCAAGUAUGAAAGCCCAUAUGGACAAGUGGCGGCGGCCUGGAAGAUCGAUGCAGAUGGAAAUUUUAACUUGUCUGUUACUAUCCCCCCGAACUGCAGUGCGGUGGUUGUAUUACCAUCUAAGCAGCAGAAUCACAGCGGGGAGAAUAUUGGCUCUGGAGUGUACAGCUUCUCCUGUCCAUAUGAGCCGGAAGACUGGCCGCCAAAGCCAGAGUUUGAGCGAUCAACAUUUCGUCUAGAGGGUUAAAUAGUGAUUCACAAAUAAACAAUUACUUUUUGGAA